GAUUUAAAAGGGAUAUGGACAAGGUGAGGAAGCAGGCACACAGGCAGUGAAAGCAGCACCAGAGAAACGACUGUAAGACAUCAUGAAGCUCCAGACAACCCUUCUGUUGAUCUGUCUAUUCAGGACAAGCAUUACUCUUCCAGUGCAGAUUGGAAUUCUUGCAAGCAACAGCAAUGAAAUCCUGAGACUGAAUGGACUAACUCUUGCAGCUCUUGGACAAACACAGGGGUCUUCAAUAUUACCCCAGUAUGUGCUGCAGCAGCAGCCUGAGGUGCUGCUCACUCCACAGAUGGUGAACUUGAACCCUCAAAUGGCCGGUCCCUUCCGUCCCCAGGGGCCUCAGCUGUUUCUCCCCAGCCAGGGCAACCAGUUUAUGCCUAUGUUCAUCCCCAACGGCCAGCAAGAGCAGCUUGGGCCUCCACAGGACCCCAACGCUGCUAAUGUACCUCAACAGGCCCAGAACCCUGUUCAGAUGUUUCCACAUUUCCAGUACCCGUCUUAUGGAUUCCCUCAGUUUCCCAGACAGCAGGAAUUCUCUUACUUUAUGCCUCCUUACGGCUAUCCUCAGCAGAGGAAUACUGCAGUGCUGCAGCCCAACAAUGGUCAGCAAACCCUGGAGAGAACCACACAGAGACCACAGCUCCCUCUGCAGGCUUCCCAGCCUAAGGUGCAAACAGAAAAAACAUGGCCACAGGGGACACAGAAAGAGUCUACUACAAUUCCUCCUGAUCCUCGUGGCGACACAUCUGGCCCAGGGAUUGAUGAGGGUCACUCCAACUUCCCCUUCCUGUUUGAGCCUUAGAUGUAACUUGGGAAAUAACAACAAGGUGCUCAGGCAAAAAUUUAUUUUGUGUGUGUUUGGCCACAGUCGCUCAUUCUUCUGCAAAAUGUACUGGAGUGUGCAAGUCUUCCAAAUGCAAUUUAUUUGUACUCGAUUCUUUUUAUAUUGCACUGAAAUGGUCUUGCUCAUUUCAGGAAUCUGCUCCUCGCUUUCACAAAAUGUCAAAUAAAGAACUUUGCCAAA